AUGCUGGACGCCUCCCUAUUAUCAGCUUUUAUUAAGAGGUGGGACCCGGAGACAUCAUCCUUCCAUCUUCCAUUUGGGGAGAUGACGGUGAAUUUGGAUGAUGUGGAUGCCCUAUUUCACCUUCUGAUUGCUAGUACAUUUUUCACACUAAUUCAUAGGGACCAUGCGAUGACGGUGCACAUGGUUCUGGAUGCAUCGGAGGUUGAUGAGGUGGAGGUGCUGAGUGAGUUUGGAGAGACUCAAGGCUUUCACCUUAGAAUGUCUUGGUUGAGGAGGAUUUAUGAAGAGCUUGUGGAUGCAGGGAGGUACCAGGAUGCCGCUAGGGCGUACAUGCUACAUCUAGGGGCGUGUACUCUCUUUGCGAAUAAGUCUGGAGUUUAUAUAGAUGUCUGCUAUCUUUCUCUAUUCAGCACCCUUAACACACCAUGUUGGGCUUGGGAAGUUGCGGCAUUGAUGAUGUUGUACAUGACGCUUGAUGUUGCAUCUCGUCUUGAUACCGGACAACUUGCUGGUUACCUGAGCUUGUUACAGUGUUGGAUCUACGAGCACUUCCUUCACAUCUGUGAGCGAAAGAUCCAGCAUGCUGCGGCUGCUGACGCAUGGUAUGUCAGAUGUGAGAGCCAUGUGGCUAGACACUUACCUAAGAGGUGUCUACGCCAGGAUGAUUAUAUACAAGGCAUCCCACAUCCUGUCCCAGAGGCUCCAGCGGGUGGCAUUGAUCGAUGGUUUCAGAGUCACAUCAUUAGCUCCCCCCAUGAGAUUAUUGAUACAGCCAUUAAGGGUCAUAUCACAUGCCGCAGAUAUGAUGUUCCAGGGCCUUCACGUACUAGGGAUUCUUCCAAUCCACCACCACCAUCACCUCCACCUCCUGCAGGUGACCAUGACAGCCGCCUACAGUUCAUCUCCGUUCACUUAGAUAGCCUCAUGGGUUUGGUGAACCCUGAUGGUGAGGUUCAUAGUAUUUUAGCUAGGUUGAUCAAUGUUGCCCAUGGAGGGCCUAUGUAG